UCUAGGUUAGCUCUAUGUUUAACGCUGUUCAUGAAAAAUAGGUUGUUAGUGGCAAAAAUUUCUCAUAUUCAUGUCAGACAAAUUAAACGGAGAAAAAAACAAAUACUGCACAUUGCUAAAUAUUGAGACUGAUUGAGCAUCAUUGUUUGCGAAAAAAAAAGAGAGUGUAUGUGUGUGUGUGUGUGUGUGUGUGUGUGUAUGUGUACUUGUUUUAGUGUAUGUGUACUUGUUUUAUGAUACUGAUUGAAAGUAUUGAUUUUGUAAAACAUCUCUUUCAUAUUUCUCUUUAUACAAAAAAGAAUAAAUAAAUAAUUUGUAAUAAGAAGCAUGGAAGCAGAACCAUUGGAAUUGGAAGAUGGUGAAAUCGUUGAUGAUGAGCCGAACGAUGUCUUUGGAACAUAUAAUGUUUUGCAAAGACCUUAUGUAGCACCUGUCACAGAUGUAUGUACAAACAUACGAUACAAUGAUGAAUCUGAUAAUUCUGCAGAUUCUGAAAGUGAUUCUGACUCAGAUUCUACACAUACUAACAUUAAAAGACCUAAACUUAAAUUAAAAAAGCAUAACUUGUCAAAGGAUAGCACAAAUAAAAAUGAUAGAUAUAAAGUAUGGUGUAAACAAAUGCAGGAAGAAUCUUUGACUGAGGACUUAAUAUCAUUUGGUGUUACAAAGAAAUUGUAUCAAGAACGUAGCGUUGAAAGUUAUAACUUUACUUUGCGAUAUGCACAUAAUGGCAGAGAAUCUUGUAAUAAUAAUAGUUCUGGUGAUGAAGAAGAUAUUGAACGGAGGUUAACUAACAAGAGAACAAAUUCAGACAGACGUAAUGUAAAACUUAGGUUAGGAAAAAGGAAAUACUCCAUGGAUUCUGACAAUCAGAAAGGUUCUGUUAGAAUAGUAGCAGACUUAUCUACAACUGUGGAUUCAACAGAUGCUGACAUUGCUGUAGAUAUAACAACUAAACUCAGUGAGAAAAAAGAUCUUCUCAUAAGACGAGUGGUGGAUAUAAUUGGUAAAGAGAAAGCUAUUGAUUUUUUCCAAAAAACCAAAAAAAUUGAAGAGAGUGGAGGAAUGUUAAUAAUGAAUGGAUCUCGUAGACGAACUGCUGGUGGAGUAUAUUUUUGGUUAGUAAAAAAUGACAAACAUAUUCCUCAAGAAAAAAUAAGAGAGAUAUUUUACUAUGAUCAAAAAGAAACCAGCGAGCAAAGGAAAAAAGCUGGUAUCAACGACAGAAGACAAAAAGCACAGGAACUAAUGAAAAGCUUUGAAAGUAAAUCCGAAAAAGAUUUACCAACUUUAUUAACAAGGGCCGAACUCUGUACGAGACAAAUUGCAGAGCAAGCAAGAUUACGACGUGGUGAAGGCAUGGAUAGAAUGCCAUUAGAUUCCGAUCGUACAGUGUCAAAUCCACCACCUAGUCCUGUAACGGAUGAUCCAGAUCAUUCUGAACAUCCAUUGACACAGAGACAUGUCCAAGAUUAUGCUGAUGAUUUUCUUGAUAUUGGAGCAGAUAUAGAUUAUAUGGAAGUACUUUAAAACUAUAGAUUUUAUAUUUGCACAUACCCUGACAGUGUAACUUGUACAAAUAAAUAAUUAUGAUCAGUUGCACAUGAAAAAAUAGUACAUAGGUGUAAUAUAAUUUAUAUAAAAUUGUGUAUUUAUCAUGUUUAUAUAAAUGAGAAAGAGAGAGAAAUAGAGACUAAAAA